GACUGGGGUUUCCUCAGGUGUUUUGCUCCAGUCAUGGCCGGGAACUCAGAGAAAGUACCGAUCGCCUCUGCGGGACCGGAGGACCUGCAGCACUUCAUGCCCCCGGCCUACUCCGCCGUGGCCGUGAAGCCCGCCGCCACCGGCCGCCUCCUGAAGGCCGGGAUCGCGGUGCUCAUCGCCGGGGCCCUCCUCCUGCUGCUGGGGGCAGUCGGAGCUUUUUACUUCUGGAACAACAAUGAAAAACACGUCUACAAUGUCCACUACAGCAUGAGCAUCAAUGGCAAAGUGGAGGAGGGCACAAUGGAGAUCGACACUGCCAACAACAUGGAGAGAUUCAGCACAGGCAGCGGGGCGGACGAGGCCGUGGAGGUCCACGACUUUGAGAUUGGGAUCACAGGGAUCCGGUUUUCAGGAGGAGAGAAGUGCUACAUCAAGACCCAGGUGAAGGCGCGCCUGCCUGAUGUGGAGGCUCUCAACAAGGACUCUGUGACAUUCGACCUGGAGGACGAGGUGAUGCCGGCCAAAUUUGAGGACGAUCUGAUCUGGGUGGCAGCUGGCGCUCCCCUCUCUGAUUCCGCCUUCCUCAGCAACAAGAUAAAGGACUUGUGUGGAGACCUGCCCAUCUUCUGGCUCCGUCCCACCUACUCCACCAGCGGACAGAGGAAGAGGAGGGCCGCCCCCCGCCUCCGCCGCCAGGCCGCCGGGGCCGGGGAGGAAGAGGAGGACGUGGAGGCAGAGUUCAACCCUGAGAACCCCUAUCAGAGAGGUCUGGAGGGCGAGACGGACAUGAACAUCGACCCCAGGCUGGACCACGAGGGCGUGUGCUGCCACGAGUGCCGCCGCGGCUACACCCACUGCCAGAGGAUCUGCGAGCCGCUGGGAGGGUUCCACCCGUGGCCGUACCACUACCGCGGCUGCAGGGUGGCCUGUAGAGUCAUCAUGCCGUGCAACUGGUGGGUGGCGCGCAUUAUGGGUCUUGUGUAAACACCACAAGCCCACCUGGGGGACGGUAGGAGGGAUGUAGUUCCAAGGGGAGAUGAAGGGAAAAGUUUAGGAAAGAAAGGAGGCAUCUUGCUAUUGUACUCUACUGUAGUUACCUGUCAGACGGAGCAGAUCACAACAGCAUCAGUAACCGUGCCCACACAUUAGAAAUGCACGGUGCAGAAUCUAGGACAGACAUGUUCUCACAUGUGAUGGUACGCAGUGGCUGCACACUGCACAGCUUGUCUUAUUAAAAAAACAUAGCUGCUGUGGAUUUAGAUCCUUGUGAACUACAGCACAACACGCUGUCAGCAGAACAUGAUACCAAACAUCCAACACACCCAAUCAAAUGCAUGGAUCUAUCGACACCUGCGUCGAUUUCUAAUAUGUAUUUAUCUAUAGGAAACGCAGGUAAGCUUGUAUUUAUAGAUCUGGUAAUAAUUCACUUUCUUUCAUUUCUUUGAUGUAAAUAAAUGUAUAUGGUGCAAAGUAUUUCCAUUUCAGUCAGCGUGGCUUAAAAAGCACCUAAUAUUUGUUUCUAGUUAGAAAUCAUCUCCUGUGUUUUUAACUCUUUCCUUUUCCUAUUUUAUCAUCAUGAGUAGCUCUCAUUAAAACAAUGUACUGUACGCGCUAUCACAACUUUCAUCUAAAUGGACUUUCAUCUGCAUUGAAGAAGCUCUCAAAAGUGCAAUAUCACUGAAUAAAGUUUUUUAAGUAAACUUCAAA